GGCAUGAAAUAUGCCCAAUAAAUUAAUUGUAUUGGAAACGUACCAAAUAGUAAACUUGACGUUUGUUCUCACGUCAUAGCCGUUGACGUUAGGGUACUCUACACCAUUUCCAUCAUCAAUUAUAUAUACAUCACUUCCCUCUCCAUUUUUUCUUCCCUUUCUACCCCCCUCAAUCACCACCAUGCAACAAACUUUACCAUAUAGAAAUUGGUUUCCCUCCACCACCGCUACCACCACGACGAUCAGUGGUAGUUCAUCCGCCACCACUAGUGGUGGUUCCACCAAUUUUGAGUCACAUUCAGGUGAGAAAAACGAGAUGAACUAUGUUGGUGACAUGAGAUCACGAUACAAAAAUUCCUUCAUUACUAUGAGUGUAGCGAAAUCCAUCUCGGAAAACGCGAUAAUCGUUGUAGCGUUACGUGGGUGUUGCAUGUGCCAUGUUGUGAAGAAUUUGCUUCUAGGGUUAGGUGUUAACCCUACGAUUUUCGAAGUGAACAAUGAAGAUGAAGAUGAUGUGAAGAAGGAGUUGUCGAUAAUCGUGGGUGGCGGUGGUACGGGUGGUGGUGGUGGAACAACGACGGCGUUUCCGGCGGUUUUUGUUGGUGGAAAUUUGUUCGGAGGACUAGAAAGAGUGAUAUCCACACAUAUUUCUGGUGAAUUAGUGCCAAUACUAAAAGAUGUUGGGGCUUUAUGGCUUUAAAUAAUUUUUACCUACCUAGUCAAUUAUUAUUCUCUUUUGUUAGGUAAAAAAAAAAUCAUUCAAAAAAAAGAAUAUAUCAGUCAUUCAUUCAUUCUCGAUUUUCGUGCCAAUCAAUAAAUCUUGAAUCUAGUUAAUUUGUUAACAGUGAGAAUUGAAUUCAC